AUGCCCGGCGACAAUCAACAAACACAACAAGUCCAACAGCCAACUUUUAUCCACCAUUUCAAGGCACCACCAUUUUGGGUACAGAAUCCAAAAAUGUGGUUCAUUCAACUCGAGUCCCGUUUUGUCACGGCAAAUAUCACUGACGACGAGACAAAGUUUCAUUACGUUGUUGGCGCGUUAGACGGAGACAUCCUAACGUACGUAUCGGAUAUUCUCGAAAAACCACCGGUAAGCAAUAAGUACUUAAAACUAAAGCAGGUACUCGCCGAGCGUUUAUCCGAGUCGGAGGAGAAAAAGCUUAAAAAGUUAUUGUGUGAUUUAGAACUAGGUGAUCAGGGCCGGAGGCAAGUGGGGUAUUGGGGGUCGUGA